GUAUGUGAGCUCCGGCAACAGAUGGAGGACACCCAGCACAAAUCUGAAGGGGUGUAGGCUCUGAUGGUGGAGUACGGUCCAGCUACCAAACUUGGCUCUCCAAUGAGGAACUGAAACAAAGCUUAGUCGGUCAGACCUCAUUGAGAAUUUCUUGCACUUUUACAUUCUUGGUUGGAUUUUUCUCUUUUUACCUUCAUUUUCCACUGGAGGCCUCAAAAGCCUCGGCCUAGAUUUGGCUUCAGACAGACCCGAGAGCAAGAAGACAUCUGCGGGAUUGUUUGAAAAGUGUCGAAAAAGUAUUUGCCAGAAACUUACGUUUUGAAUUCGUCUCAUGUAUAUUUUCUUAAGUCGAUAGUGUUCACACGAUAGAAAAACGUGUAAUAAAAAAAAGUUAAGGAGACAGUUAGCUAGCUUGCUAUGAUGCUAUUUAGCUAGCUAACGUUACCGAGCAGCUACACUCAUCUUGAAUGAAUGAAUUGAACCCUGCAUUUAACUAACAACUGCUAGUUUUUAUUGCUAGAACACGUCGAAUAUUACAUGAGACGACUCCGAUUCUCUACUACAGGGUGAGCCUGAGUGGCUAAUUCUUCUUUGACUCUUCUACCCUCAACUGGACAGGAAUGCGAUCCCAGGGAGUUGGCGGACAGCGGCGAUUUAGCACGCAAAGAUAGUCCCAAUACUGAGAAAAGCCUGGUAAUGUGUAUGAAGCAGAAGGAGGCUAAUUUGAGCUAGCUACACAUAUUUGCACUACUUGGACUUGGCUGGAAUAGUGUGGAGCUUUAUCCCGAUUCAGAAUGGGAAACACGGUGACAUGCUGCGUCUCUCCCGAGUCAAGCCCCAAACUACCGUCGAGACAACCAGCGGAGCGGCUGGAGGAGCUGGAGACCAGCACGGAAGUGAGCGAUGAUAACACCUUGCCCUACCUGCAGCAUAUCAGCGACAGAGAGGUCCCUGACGAGCUGGCCUUUGAGUCUAACCCGUCUGACCAUGCCCGAGCGAGCACUAUCUUCCUGUACAAGUCCCAGACAGACGUACGAGACAAGAGGAAAAGCAACCACAUAAACCAUAUCAGUCAUGUAUCUCCUGGUCAGCUGUCAAAGAAAUACAGCUCCUGUUCAACUAUCUUCAUAGAUGACAACACCGUCAGCCAGCCAAACCUCAAAAGCACAAUCAAAUGCGUGACGUUAGCAAUAUACUACCACAUCAAAAACAGGGACUCGAACAGGUCACUGGACAUUUUUGAUGAGAAGUUGCACCCCUUAUCAAAAGAGCCAUUGCCAGAUGACUACUCCCGUGUGGACCCAGAACACAAAGUGAUCUACCGCUUCGUCAGAACGCUCUUCAGCGCUGCACAGCUCACUGCAGAAUGUGCCAUUGUUACUCUAGUGUACUUGGAGCGCCUGCUGACCUACGCUGAGCUGGAUAUCUGCCCCUGUAACUGGAAGCGCAUCGUCCUGGGAGCCAUCUUGCUGGCCUCCAAAGUCUGGGAUGACCAGGCUGUGUGGAACGUGGACUACUGCCAGAUCCUCAAGGAAAUCACCGUGGAGGACAUGAAUGAGAUGGAGCGCCAAUUCCUGGAACUUCUCCAGUUUAAUAUCAACGUGCCAGCCAGUGUCUAUGCCAAGUACUACUUUGAUCUGCGGCAGCUGGCUGAUGACAACAACCUCAGCUUCCCUCUGGAGCCUCUCGACAACCAACGCGCCAAGAAACUAGAGGCCAUUUCAAGACUUUGUGAAGACAAGUAUAAGGACCUGUGUAAAGCAUCGAUGAGGCGAUCCUGCAGCGCAGACAACCUGAUCGGUGUGCGACACACCAACGCUGUGCUGUCGUAGGCCGACUGCUGCCCUCAUCUCAAACCCAGAGACCCCCCAGCCAGCCCGGACAAACCUCCCAGGCUCCACUUAUCCUCAUCCCCAUCAGGCAAGAGGCAGACAUGUUUCUGUACGAUCUGCCCAAACAAUUAUCUGCUUUACUUCUUGAGAGCUGCAUGACUGCAACAUUAACCUUGAAAUUGGUGUUACCUUAAAACUAUUUUUUUCACAGUCCCUUAUUUAUUUCAUACUUGUCCCUUAUUUCUCAGAGAAAGUGUUAUGUAGGACUGCUCUACUGCAGUUAUCUCUGAGGACUAGUCUUUGUUUUGUCAUAAAAGUGUAACUUUUUUUCCCCCCCAAAUAAUAUUUGAUUUAUUCCAUUCAUCCUGGCAUUAGUCUGUUAGUCACUGGAACUCCAUGAGAAGGCAAAAAACAACAAUUCUCACAAUUUGAUAUUGUCACAAACAUGAUUUGAGUCCAACAAGGUCUCUCAAACAAUACACAAACAGGAGGAAACAGUGCAUUUGUUGGACUAAUUUGAUUGGUGGAUUAAUACAAAAAAUUGCAGCAUUAGGAUGGUGUAUUGACUCAAGAUAAACAGUGUACGAUACACAACAACUAAAGUGUGUGUUCAUAGUAAUGAAGGAACAUUUGACCCAGUGUAUCAUCCAGGUGUGUUCAUAGUAAUGAAGGAACAUUUGACCCAGUGUAUCAUCCAGAUGUGUUCAUAGUAAUGAAGGAACAUUUGACCCAGUGUAUCAUCCAGAUGUGUUCAUAGUUUUUGUCAGAGAUGCAGGUUAUCAGCUGGUCUUUUUUUGUCAAACACACAAUGUCGUAAGUGAAUUCAAGUGAUUAAGGAAUCAUGAGGUCACUCGCAAACCUUUGUUGCUUGUUGUCUUUUGAUAUUUUAUCAGGUCAAAUGCAAAAACUGUUCCUUGUAAAUGACAGGUAAUACCAAAAGUUAUUUUUGAGAGUGUAACAAAAGACUUGUUUACUGUUAAUAACAGUUGAUACUAUUUCAGUAUAUUAUCUACACAUAUACAUUUGGAUGGAGCACAAAGCAUGUCAAAGUAUUAAACUAUAAAUAUUCCACCGGAUUGGGCUGAAGUACGCUGACCUUCAGUCAGCUGUUGUCUGUUUGUAGUGUGUUUUGGAUUUUGGAGUGCCAAUCUGGGGUCAGUUACACUUUCCAGAUCAGUAUUGCUACCGUUUGGCUCGAUUCAGCAGUUAGGUUGAAAUAAUGACUAAAUCUAGAUUGGGUCCAGUCUGUCCACCUUUAGUAUUGUGCCCCGUCAAACCGUGCCAUCCUGACCCCUCCUCAAAGAGCCCGUAGACAGAUUACCAACAUUGUUUUUUCCCAGGCCCGGAUCAGAGCUUUCAAACAAACUACAUAGAUGUUGAGAGGGGGAACACUCAUGGAUACUCUCCUCCUUUUUGCUUACUAUGUAGGCUAUCUAGCUGUGAAACGUGUCUUGUUUUUAAUUGAAAAAAACAUUUGCAGAUGGAGUAUUUUAAAUAAACACUAAUCAUAUAACAAAGAAAUGAA